UACAUCUCGAGAAACCCACAACGGCAGGCUGACGGGUGGCACAGACUACCUGCACAGAUGACGCCGUGUGGAUCUGUCUUAGUGUUGACCGACUAACGAUUUAGCCCGAGGCUCGAAAAUCUGUAGCCUGAUGCACUGCACUCAUGGCCAGGCCCUGUCUUUGGGCCCGUCUCUCCCCUUGUUAUCUGCGCUCGGACGUUGCAUCGAGAAUCAACACACACACCCCUGACGUUCUGAAGUAUUCGGACUACAGGAGCCCGAACCCCCCAUAUUUCCGAUGGCGUCCUUGGAACCAAUGGGAAUUGCUCGCUCAGGCGGAAGAUCAGCAGCAGUGACACGGGGGGCUUGAGGCUUUCGCUUGGUGACGAUUCUUCACCGAAGAUACAUACGAUCAGCCCAUUACUGACUCUUCACGGUUAUCUGGACAUGGAAUAAUCAAAACCAGCGCACUACCCGGUGGAAAUAAUGCAUCUACGGAGUACAAAAAAAUAGUCUGAGAUAUGCACUUUACCGUCAUUGCCCGCACCCCCGCAUCAUUACUGGAGUCGGUGCCGAUCGCCUGUGACUGGGCGGGUCCCUGAUAAUGAAUCAGUAUUUCUCUGAUUCCAUUGAUUUGUCGUCGGUCUACUUUGGAUGGAGUCUUAUGGAGACAAUGGUUUCCUAGCGCAGCUAGGUGUACCGUCUUUUGUCUCUCUCCACUAACCACAAAGCGCGUGGCAUCACAAGCAUAGCUGUCUCGACAUCGAAUGGCAUGGGUGACAAUGAUGCCAUACCCUCACCCGAACCGCAGCUUGGCUCAAGAUCUCCUUUUAGCCCCUGAGGCAUUUUUAUCGGCCAUCAGCAGUUCUGAUCGCGGGGAUGAAGCAUGCGAUCGAUCUAUAUAAACCUCGCUCGCGUCCGGUCUUGCGGGGCUGGAGCCACUCCGGAAUAUCAGCUCUCUUCCCUUGUCUGAUAUCGACUCUCAUUGAUCCACUCUUCCUUGCACCCUGUAUCCACCCCCGAUGUCGCAAUAUCUUCCCCAGAUUUCCUCGCAGUUCCUCGAGGAUAAAGUGGUCCUAAUCACUGGAGGUGCUAAUGGCAUUGGCGCCAGUCUGGUACAGCAAUGUCUUGAGAGCGGCGCAAGUGUCUGCUUUGGAGAUCUUGACAACAUAAGUGGCGAGCGCCUACGAAGGAAGUCCGUCGAGGAAUUCAUGCCCACGGAAGCCAAGCAUCCUCCGAGGGUAGUCUUCCAGACCAUGGAUGUGACCAACUAUCAAUCGGUGCUGGCCUUGUUUGAUCUGGCCUUCAACACCUAUAAACGUAUCGAUCACGUUGUCUCCGCGGCUGGUAUUGCAGAGAUUGGCAAUUGGUUCGAUUUUGGACUGACUUUGCAGACAGUCCGCCAAACUCCGACUCAAAAAGUUCUCGACGUCAAUCUUGUCGGUUCGAUGUAUGUCGCCCGAAUUGCCUCCGUCUAUCUACGACACAACCGUGGACCCGGCGCAGAUCGCUCCAUUCUCCUGUUCUCUUCUGCCUCUGGAUUUAAAGAAAGUCCAUCUCUAUUCAUCUACCAAGCAUCCAAGCAUGGCGUGAUUGGGCUGAUGCGCUCCCUACGCAACUACAUCUCCUCUCCGUAUAAGCACUAUCUCCGGAUCAACACCAUUUGCCCUUGGGUGACCCAGACCGAAACGAUGAAGCAAAUCGAGCAGCAGUGGAAGCAAGCUAGCCUGCCCACCAACACGACUCGAGAAGUCUCCACUGUAGCCGCUGGUAUGUUGGCCGACGCGUCUCUGAAUGGGACUUCCAUGUUUGUCGAGGGUGGACGCGCCUGGGAGAUUGAGGGUAACAUUGAACGUUUGGAAGCCCAGUGGCUCGGCGAAGCCCCAUCCAAGUCCCUUGCAGCGGGCCAGGAGCUUCUGGAUGAUGGUGCUAUCUGGACUGCAGUGCCCCGCAAGAGGUCUAGCAUCUCAAAUGGUAUUCCCCCAGGUGUUCCUCUUGAGAAGCUCAACGGCAUACAGCAAAACGGCACUCGGAAAAAUUCGAUGAAUGGGUUCGCGAAUGGAGUGACUAAAGCGACCAAUGGAGCCACCAACGGACUCAGCAAUGGAAAUGAGAACACCAAUGGCUUGGCGAAUGGUAUCGUGAGUGGAGUGCACUGAAGAUACGUGAUACAUCCUUUGAUAUUUGAUACCCAUAUAUUACGGUGAAUAUUCACCUAAAGAGAGAUUCUUUCUUCGACACUUAUUCCGAGUAGACACGACAUAACGUGCGCGAUAGAUGGCACUUAUUGUAAAUGAGAAGCCUGAUUGACUUCGAGAGGAGAUGAUAAUUCAGAUAUAAAAACUGACCUCAAUACGCCCUUCUUACCAGUUCUAUUUCUAAUUGCUUGUCCAUCACGAGAUCAAUCGCUCGA